AUGGGUUGGGAUGCAGUCGCCGAUGCAAUCGAUUCAGACACUGAAGCGACUGAAGCGGAUAUAGCAGCUGCAAAUGUUGCAGCAGAGCCGUCGGUGCGGCAAGCUUCGUCAGCAAAUGUCGUGCCCCGUGUAUCGGCCGGUCGUCCUAGAGGCAGUGUACUGAUCAGGGCAGACAUCGCUGCUCAAGAAGAGCAGUUGCAGUCUUGCAGGGCGGCAAGACAAGCUGAACCCGACACAGAUGCUGUUGUGGGAGUUCAGGUGGAAGAGCGAGCUUCUGCUUUGCUAGCUUUGACUUCCGAUGUCAACCCGAUUCAAAAGAGAUUAUGCUUGCAUGUGGACCAACAGUUGGCCAAAAAGUCUUUGCCUGGCAUGCCAAACCCUGUCGAGCAGGUCAUGAGUACGUCUUCAAACGUGAGUUCAUGGGCAAUCAAAGCUUUGGAGGCAAACAAGCAGUACCAGUAUGUACAGCAGGACUACUUUCGAACAGCAGAAGCGAUGUUGCAAGCUUCUGGGUUUUUGUGGUCGGUGACACUACAGCGACUGCACGACAUGGCUGAGCAAGGCUUUGAACCUUUGGCAGUGCUUCGCAAACGACGUUACGACGAGAGUCCUUUCAACUUGCGCUUGAAAGAGGAACCGGUGCCAACCCAGUCUGAGAGCUCGCCGCCGGUGCUUGGGCAACCUGCCAAGACAACUCCUGGGAAGGCGAAGGUCAUGCAAUCAGAACUGGGCAUCGUGGUGUUGCUUCGACGCCGUGUUGAUGCCGACAAGUACGAGUACCAGGAGGUUCAUGGCUCCUGUCCUACGUGGCUCCACGUGCUGGACAAAACGACGAAGGAGAACAUCGCUGAGAGCCAGCGGCAAAUUCAAUCCUUGAUUCAAAUACCGCAACAGCUCAAAGAGCGAUCGAAGAUGCUGGUAGAUGUGGUGUGCACAGAUCGGUAUGCGGCAAACAUCAGUGCCGAGCGAGCCCUUCAAUCCGAAGAGCGCGAGUAUAUCAAAAGCCAUCACUUUUGUCUUCUUCACAAGGCUGCUGCUAUCCAAUCAGCUCAGUUCAAGCUGACUUCCGGACAUAUCAGUGGGCUCCUAUCACUUAGCUUGUCGAUGGCUCCAGCCGGGACGACGGCCGAGCUGCGGAAGAUCCUCUGUGCCAUCCUGGCACAGAAGCUGAUUGUGCGUCAUGGUGAUCCACCGAGUCACUGUGUCGCACAUCGCGAAGCUCUGCAUGAGCUGUUUCUGCCGCUGGGCGCAGAAACACAGCGGUCGUUGCUUCAUCAAAAGCAGAGAAUGAUUCUCUCCUCUCUGGUCAAUGGCGAUUUGCAAGAUGAGGCGACAAUCACCUACUGGACGGCCAACCCAGAGGUUACCAAGGAUGCGAUUUUGGACUCCUGGGUACGACAUGUCUCUGCAGCGCUUCUGCCGCACAAGAUGCCGUACUUCAACAGGAGCAAGUGGCUCGGAGGCGAGGAUGGGAUUUCCUGGGCGGGGCUGCUGAGCACACACCACGGCCUUCUUGUGCCACUUGUGCAGACGUGGGCACAGUCUACAGGCAUUCCUGCCGUCGUUGCGGCGGCUCCGAGGUCUCGCCCUGCUGCAGAAGUCCCGGGAAGUUCCCAAGGAUGGGCGGCGGUGGCAGAUGUCAUAGGCAGUCGGCCGAUCCAAGAUACAUCUGCUGACUCGGCCUUUGAUGCUGUGGACCCAGAUGAAGACUUGGGCACUGCAGCAGAUGACAUGCCUCCCGAGUCAAACCCAGAUAUAUCGUGGCAUGAGUUCAACAAAAUGAACCGACGCAAAGCAUUAGCUUGGGUGAUGUCUUCCCCCGCUGGAGUGCUUGUUUGCAUGAGAGUCUGCAUGAAAGCCUCUUUGCACUUGCUGUACACACUGGUGCAUCUGGCAUCGGUGGCCUUUGUGCAAGAACAGAUGAAGAAAUCGAGCCAGGGCAAGCAGAGGUUGCACCGGGUCGUGGAGUUUUUCUCUGGCAAGCUACAGACUGUUUUCACGAAGCAUGUUCUUGACACAUUGUCUUCGUGUUUGCCAGGGCUGCCAGAUGAUGCUCACACAGAUGCGAUUCGAUCGUUGGCCUUCCGAAUGUUGUCUGUCAGCUUGUGUGCUGCCCAGCAGCUGAUAUGGAGCCUCGGUGCUGGAUCUCCAUUCGUCCUUUUUCGCACAUUAGCUGGCGGUGCGCAGGAGCUUUGCGAUUUGCCAAGGUGUUUGCACGACCAGAUCACACAUUUUUUCAUGAGUACCUUCCCUGAGCCUGCGGAUUUCCAAGGAGAGCUUGCGCAGCAAAUGCUGCAGGUGCUGGCACAACAUUUUCAGCUUGACAUACUGGAUUUGGAGAGAAACCACAGUACAAUCCGCAGGAAUAUUCUCAGCAAGUCCAUGCACACAUGGGUCACCAGUUAUGCUUGUGCGAAUGCACAUUGGGUGGUUCGUCGGGUUGCCUUACUUCGACAGCCGUUCCGCCAGCCGCCGAAGCAGCCCAAAAAAGUCGGGAGGCCCGCAAAGCCCCGCAGAUCCAAACAAGGUGGCGGAUCUUGGAGAGCUUGGCUUCACCUCAAAGCCCGAACUAGGGGUGCUCCAUGGACCAAGCGAGAUAUGGCACGAAUCAGGCGAGAGUACCAUGCCGCGAAAGCGGCCCGCACUGCGGACUUUGAACUAGCCAAGAAUUUGGGUGUGCUCGGACAGAUGGCGCACAGGGCAGGCAAGAGAAGCUUCUCGCAGCCUGAAGGCCGUGCCAGACGGUCGAGAGAAAACAAAGAGCGAGCGGUGGAAGCUCUGGGCCGCUCCGCCCAGGCCAGUGCAGAGGCCAUCGCAAACUGUGCAAAUGGUCAGGAACUUGACAAGGAGCUGCAGCUGCAGCUCUCCGCGCUCGCUUCUGUGAGCAGGACACGCACGAAGCACAGAAACAUGGAGGCUGAAGCGAUCGAUGCUGCUGUAACUGCCGGUUCUGAAGCUUUGGAGCCUCACCACACAGAGUCUGGAUUGGCUCGAGCAGACCGGAUUUCUGGGCAGAUCGGGAAGGCCUUCGUCUUCACACCUGGGCAGCCUGCCGUUGCUCAGUUCUUGGUUCCAACUGACGGCUUUUGCCAGGAGAAGAGUUUUGUUGAGGUUGCAUAG